GGCACCAACAAACGACGUCGAACCUUUCCUCUCAAUCACCCUAUCUCUGUAUCGAUGCCUUCCCGACGAUGAUAGUCUGUCUGUAAGCUUCCAGAGAGACAGAUGGCUCAAUUGUUUGUUGAGAUUCGGCUCUUCAGAAGGGGGACAUGUACGACAUAAUCAACACGACCAUGGAGUCGAAACGUGAACCUGCCAAUGAAAUUCCAGAGUCAACCCCAAUAAAUAACACCAGAUUCCGCCGACUCCUGACACUUGCCUCAAUAGCAGUCGUCAAGCGAUUUCGCCGCCGUAGUCCUGGCGUCCUCAAUAUAUCCAAAGGGGUUUGCGUUAAAUUUGGCGCCUUUAGAACUUUGGCAGAAGCGUCAGCCAUGAAAUUCAUUGGAGAGCACACGUCUAUUCCAGUGCCUAAAAUUUACUGUUCUUUUGUACACAAGGGAAAAACAUACAUUGUCAUGGAAAGAAUACGUGGAAAACACAUAGCGCGUGGGUGGGCACUUCGGACGCCCGAAUCCCAAGCUAAAAUACUUUCUCAAAUUCGGGAGAUGGUUGCGGAGAUGCGCAAGUUGACUCCAGAAACGUCACGAAUUGCCAACGUUGACGGCGGAAUAUUAUAUGAUGGAAGACUUAAUGGGCCGGAACAAUUUGGACCCUUCGAAAAUACCAAUGAGUUUCACCGAUAUCUGCGGUCGGAUUUUCCAGCUCGUCCAACCAACCCGGAGGGUGUGAAUGAGCUUAUUGAAUGGCAGGAUGGACCUUGGCACGAUCUACCUGUCUUCACACAUGGCGAUUUGAGUAGUUUUAACAUUCUUGCAGUCGGCGACAAAGUGGUUGGCAUCAUUGAUUGGGAGACUGCCGGUUGGUAUCCCCUCUACUGGGAGUAUACAACAGCCAUGUACGUCAACCCGCAGAAUUUGUUUUGGAAAAAGGAAGUUGAUAAAUUUUUGGAUGCAUUCCCUACUGCACAAGCUAUGGAAGAGAUUCGGCAAAAACACUUUGGAGACUACUGAGUCGAAACCGCGUCAAUGCUAUUCUAAAGAAGGCCGCUCCCUGGAGCAUGGUAAUCUUGUUUCUACAAUUACUGCGAUGCUAGCCUGCCGAAUUGACAUGUGGAGACUAAAACUUACUGGAGGCCUAUGUUGAACUCUUUCUAAUACCCAUUUGCAAGGGGUUUUGUCUUAUUUCUUCAUCGUCCUCUGAAGGAGACGACUUGGGCGUUAAAACAACCUGAGGUUAACAACAUCUAGGGAAUUUUUUAAAUUUAACAAUCAUCACUGUGAUUUACGCUCACA